UGCUAAUUAAAUGAAACUGUAUAACUCUUUGUUGUAUCUUUCACCGCACGGAUUGUUAUUGACAAAGAAUAAGUUGUCAGAGCAAGUCUCCGCAUUGGACGGAGUAUCUUCAGAACCGAUGCUUGUCAAAUGAUUGAUGCUGUAUGGUCAGGAGCGUCAAAGUAGGCAGGAAAAAAUUGACGUCAACGGACGAUGUGCUGUAGACGAAUGGUGCAGCUUAUUUGGCUGCAAGCAUUAUGAUCUGUGCAGUCUGUGUAAUAUGCAAUGAAAUGGGUGAUCUUAACAGCAAAGGUGUUCGAAAUCGCAUUAUCAAAGACAGCUUAGGAUUAAAUAAUCUUAUAAAAGUCACAGUACAUGCACAUUUUUCACACCUUCCAACGUAUAUAAAAACGAGAAAGAUGAAGGGAUGGAACAUGGGGAUUAUGUUUACCCACCAUCACCAUCAUCUUAUUCAAACGAUAAGUUAUGCAAGGGAAAACAAAGUGCCGGCUUAUCUUUCUUUUUACCUUGGCAACUGCCACUUACGAAUGAGAUAACUUACUUGUUCGGAGUCACAAUAUACCUCUUUUCUCGCCCGUUUCUCUUUGUAUAGUUCCACAUAUGCUAUCUUAUCGACUGCUAUCCACUCUCUUUUUGCUUUACCUGCUUCUGUUGUUCAUGAAGUGACACACACAUUACCCGAUAAAUAAAAUUUCAACAUUUGAUAGAGAUCUGUUAUCGUUAUCAAUGUUGAUUGGGAAAAGAGAAGUCAAUGACUGCUCGCAGGCAACAUAGCGAUGAUGCCGACGACGACAUGCAUGCAUGCAUGCAUGCAUAAAA